AUAUACUAUCUCUAUUCAUCACGUGUUCUAAUAAUUCCAAUUCCAAUUGAAAAUAUAUUAUAUACAUAAAAUAAAAAUUUGAACUUUCUUUUAUAAGAAUAUUAUUGCGGAACAUAAUAUUAUAAUAUCUAACAGCGCAAGUGGCGUGAUUCGGUGAACUUAAAAUGGUCUAUAAGAAACGUAAAAUCAAGGUGUUCAGAGCAAGAAAGAAAAAGGAAUCCAUCGACGUGGUUAUUGAAAAUCUCAAAAAGGACUACGAAAAGAUUGAUCCAAGUGCGAUAGAAAAAUUUGAAGAUUUCCCUUUGUCCGCUCCUACAUUGAAAGGUUUAAAAGAAAACAAGUAUUACGUACCUACUGAAAUACAACGUGAGAGUAUUGGCUACAGUUUACGAGGUGAAGAUAUUUUAGGAGCGGCAAAGACGGGUAGUGGGAAAACGCUAGCAUUUUUAAUACCGGUUUUGGAGUUGUUAUACUGUAAUAAAUGGACACGUGCGGAAGGUCUAGCGGCAAUUAUAAUAACACCAACAAGAGAGUUGGCAUAUCAAAUCUUCGAAACUCUCCGUAAAAUUGGUAUCCAUCAUGAUUUUUCAGCUGGUUUGAUAAUUGGCGGUAAAGACCUGAAGUUUGAGCGUAAACGUCUCGAUCAGUGUAAUAUAAUGAUUUGCACUCCGGGCCGUCUACUACAACACAUGGAUGAGAAUCCUUUGUUUGAUUGUUCUAACAUGUUGGUGUUGGUGUUGGACGAAGCCGAUCGUUGUUUAGAUAUGGGUUUUGAAAGUACUAUGAACGGCAUUAUUGAAAACUUGCCGCCCGAAAGACAGACUAUUCUGUUUUCCGCUACUCAAACCAAAUCUGUACGUGAUUUAGCAAGACUCAGUUUGAGCAAUCCUCAUUUCAUUAAUGUACAUGAAACGUCCGAGCAUAGUACACCAGCCGGUUUAGUACAAAGCUAUAUGGUUUGCGAACUACACGACAAAAUGAGUUUGUUGUGGUCAUUCAUCAAAAAUCAUUUACACCACAAAGUCCUCGUGUUUAUGUCGAGCUGUAAACAAAUAAAAUAUUUCUAUGAAAUCCUUUGUAAACUUCGACCAGGAACUAGUCUCUUGGCGUUGUAUGGCACAAUGCACCAAACAAAAAGAAUGGCUGUUUAUGAGUCUUUUUGCAGGAAAUCACGUGCAGUACUCUUUGCUACAGAUAUUGCGGCUCGAGGGCUUGACUUUCCCGCUGUGAAUUGGGUUGUUCAGUUAGAUUGUCCGGAAAACGCUAACGAGUAUAUUCAUCGAGCUGGCAGAACAGCUAGAUUCCAAAAGUCUGGCGAAGCUUUACUAGUUCUUUUGCCAUCCGAAAUUGCUAUUUUAGACCAGUUAGAAAAUAAAAAGAUUCCAAUAAAAGAAAUCAAAGCUAACCCAAACAAAUUAAUAUCAAUUCAACGGACACUAGAAGCAACUUUAGCGAAAGAUCAUAUUCUCAAAGAGUCAGCCCAGCGAGCCUUUGUAGCUUAUAUAAAAUCGGUUUUUUUGAUGAAAGAUAAAAGUGUAUUUAAUGUAGAAGCUUUGGACACCGAUGCGUUUGCAAGGUCAUUAGGUUUGGCGAUUCCACCACGUGUGCGGUUUUUACAAAAAUGGAAAAAAUCUAGAGAAGCUAAAGUUAAAGCUAAAGAGUUGGAAGAUCAUACAUUAGCAACAAGUCUAAACGAACAGUUGAAUAAUUCAGAUUAUUCAGAAGAAGAGCCCGAGUCAGAUCACUCUUAUCGCAAAGAUUCUUAUAAAUUUCAUGAGGAUGAUAACAGUGAAGAAGAAAACGAUGAACUCCUUACUAUUAAACGUAAAGAUCACAAUAUUCCCGAAGCUGACAGUCUAGAAGAAAACAUUGAUUUGGAAUUGUUAAAUGACACUAAUAAAAAGAAAAAAAAGCCAUUAACAAAAGCAGCAGUUGCAAAAAAGAUGAUCAAAAAACUAAUAAAGCCGAAUCAAAAAACGGUCUUUGACGAAACAGGAGAGGCUGUGUUAGAUGGAGCUAAAACUAAAGUAUCACAAUUAGCCAGGGAGUAUGAGAACAGUAACAAUUUCGGCGGUAUUAAUAUAGAAGAAGCAAAACAAAUGUUGCGAGAGGAAGACGUAUUUGAUAAGCAAUUGUUUAGAGAAAAGGUGAAAGCCAAACAUAGAGAAGAGAAGCGAAAGGCCAAAGAAGAAGCCAAAAGAGCUGAGAUGGAAGACGCGAGUUCAAGUGACGAGGCAUCCGUCGAUCUAUCUUGGUUACCCGAUCCUGAUAAAGUUUACGGAAAACGGGAUAGUGCUGAAUCUGAUGAAAAUGAAUCCGAGCACGAUUCUCAGUCAGGUUCUGACGUUAGCGUUGAAGAGUCUGACGAUGAAGAAGUAUCCCAAUUACACAGGCCUAGUAAACGAAAACUAUUGACCUCUAAUUCAGAUAAAAAACGAAGAAGAAUACAAGAUGUCGAUGAACCCGUUGACACUGGUUUGAGUUUAAUGGAAGAUGAAGAAUUAGCACUGCAAAUGUUGGAUUCUUAAAUGACAUGUUACUCUUUUACAUAAUAAUCACGUUGUUUUUUGAAGUGUACUACCUGUUGACUUAUAGCAAUAAAAAUAGUUUCACUAUUUUAACUGAAAAA